AUGGCGCCCAAGGGUCCGUACAAGUUGGUCACGGUCAACACUGCACCGGAGCGGGCGAAGCGUCUUGUUGGGCGUGUUGUUGAGGAGCUCAAAGAUCGCUACACGAUUGAGCAUGUUGCCAACUGCGAGACCGAGGAGGCUGACCAGAUUCUUUCCACGGCGAGAUCACUUAGGCCAGGUAUCAAAACAUAUGCAAUUCCCCAUGGCCUGCAGGUUGAGAGGGGACCGGACGCGGUUGUUGAGCAUCUUCUUGAAAAGGUCCCGCAACUGCUUGAGAGCUAG